AAUAGAAAGAGUACUAUUUCACUUCCACAACAGAAAACAACUGCCUUCCACGAUCUACCACCUCCGAUCUCCACCGCCGUCGACAGCCACAACCCACCGCCGAAAGGGUUGGAAUCAGAUUCAGACGUGAUGGGUUUUUUGAUUACAACCCUAAUUUUUGCUGUGGUGGGCGUAAUUGCAUCUCUUCUGGUCAGAAUCUGCUGCAACAGAACCCCUUCGACUAAUUUGCUUCACCUGACAUUGGUUGUCACAGCAGUAGUAUGCUGUUGGAUGAUGUGGGCGAUUGUUUACCUCGCGCAGAUGAAACCGCUAAUAGUUCCAAUCCUCAGUGAAGGAGAGUAAAGUGUAGACAACACAAGAUUGUUACCCUUCGUUGUUUCGAACUCCAUGCUGAGUAAUGUGUAAUUUUAAAAGAGAAAUUCGACUGUAAUAUUUAUAUAUUUAGUAGUGCAUUUUUAUUAAGUUGUUCAUUCAUUCUUUAGAACAAGUUGAUCAGUGAUGUUGGUCAAUCUGGGUGUCUGUUACUAUGUACUCUAAUUUCGAGUUAAGUUAAAUAAAGAGGCCUAUAUUGGAGUUUCUUGGCUA